UGUGUACUGUGUAUAUAUAAUCUGACAGCACACACUUACAGUAACGGCGGAUUUUCGCGGUACGGGAACGGACGGCCAAAGCGUCGUGAAUUUUUAAAAGUAUUAUAAAAACACUGUCUUACUUAUUUUAUUAACACAUACAUCUUAUUGUAAUUUAAGACAAUGAAUAUUGAUAUUUUUUAACAAUCAAAACUUGGUUAUUGGACAUCGUUAGUACAAAUCCCAUUUUGUAAACUGCAAAUUAUGCGUCCAUUUAAUUUUCGCGAAUUUUAUUCAUGUUAAUACUCCAGCCGACAUAGUAUUACGUCAGGCGCGCCAUGACGGGCUAAGCUCUAUCUAAAAUGGAGGAAUGCAAUGAUAACAGGAGUAUGGAGAGUACUGAUAGUAAAACCACUCCGUCUUCAAAAUUAAGACCUAAAAAGAGAUCACUUGUUGAAAGAGAACUUGAAACCAGUCUUACUUCUAAAAUAACAUCUCCAAUAUUAAACAGCGAAACAAUUAAUACAAGUCGGUAUGGUAGGGCACGCAGAUUAAAAAAUGACAAUGACAGAAAAAUAGAGUCACCAUUGCCAAUUCUCAGUACACAACAAUCCCCAACUCGAGGAUUAUCUGCAUACAAAAUGUAUGCAUCAAACUCACCUACUAAUCCUCAAUCUAUUAAACAUGGCUUUGAUAAUCAAAUUGAAAAUAUUUACAAUCAAAACAUAGCACUAAGUCGAUUUAAUUCUGAUGAAAAGAUGGAAAAUAUGUCAAAAUCUAAAACCUAUAUGCGUAAAGACCUUAUACAAACUAGAGAUAAAGAGGAAACCAUAAUUUUAAUUAAAAAUAUGUUUUCUCCUAAUAAAAAUGUAUCUAAACCUGAAGUGACUUUAUCCUCUGAAAAAUCAACUAAAAAUCACAAAAGAGACUUAUCAUCAGUGGUAAAAACCUUGGAUUUUGAUGGCAAGAAGAAAAAGGAUGGUCAAGAAAAGAGGAUGCCACUUAGUGAUUUGUUUGAAUUAGAAGCACAAUGUGAAUAUCAAGUUGGGGAUUUGGCCUGGGCUCGAAUGGGGUCCUAUCCAUUUUGGCCAAGUAUAGUGACUAGAGAACCCAGUAGUAAUUUGUUCAUUAAAAAAAAAUUAUUUGGGAAAUUAGAAAAAGACAUAAUACAUGUGACAUUCCUUGGUGACAAUGGACGUCGGGGCUGGAUCUUAGUUUCAAUGCUAAGGAAGUACUUGGGCCGUCAAGAGUUUGAAACUACAAGAGAGAAUUUCACUUCUGAGGCAAAAAGAAAGGAUUACAGACUGUAUGCAGCAUUUUUUGUGACUGGUAAAAGACUACCUCUUUGGCAUUUAUCGGUGGAGGAAGCAGAUAUCCUCUGUAAGGAACCAAAAAGGCUUAGAAUAGAUAUUUUAAAUUCUAUGCUGAGUAAAGGUAAAGAGCAUAAAGCGAUACCGACCAAGAGCAAAAAGGUUACUAGAACAGAUAGCGAUAUUUCUCUUAGUGAAAGUUUGUAUGAUAGUCUGUUUUCUGAAGAAGACUAUAGAGGCUCUGAAACAGAACCAGGUAGAAGUAAAACUAGAAAAAAGUCCUUUGAUGUUUCUGAAGUUGUAACUGCUUGUCUAGACAAUAUGGCUGCAAAAACAGGAAUUACAAAAAUUCAAAAACAAUCACAUAUGGAUAUAUGGUUACAGAAAGCAAAAUCAAAAACACCAGAAAAAUGUCCAUUUAAACAAUCAAAAUCUGAACAAAAAGUAAAAGUUAUUUCAAAAUCAUGCAAUGACUCAAAUGCAAGUAUGGAAUACAAGCAAAACCAUGAAAGAGAACAUGAUUACUUUACAAGAAGUACAAAUACUAAUGGACAUUUUGAUGAUGAAAUUGUUAGUGGAAUUGAUUUCAAGGAUCCAAAUAUUACAAGCAAACUUUCUAAUAAUGAAGAACCUGAUGUUGCUAAUGAAUUAUGUAUAAAUAUAUGUAAAAAAGAUGUCUUAGGAAUCUCACCAGAUAUCUUGGAUGAAAAUUUUACUGAAAUUGAAAUUAUAACUAAUGAAGAUAUGAUUGUAGAUCAGUGUGAUAUAAAUGAAUUGAUUUUAAAGGUUGAUCAAAUAAAUCAUGUCGACGAACUUCACAACAGUAAAAAUCCACAUGGUAAUAAUAAACCUAAGUUAGAACAAAGUAAUGUUAGUAGUAAAUUUACAUUAAUUAAUGCUAUAAACAAUAAAAAAGAUCAUCUUAUGGAAAAAUGUCUUAACAUAAUCAGUAUUGAUCAACAUAAAGUUGAUGAUAAUACUAACUGUCAUCAUACAACAAAUAAUAUAAAGGUAAAUAAAGCUCUGCUUGAACUAAUCAGUAAUAUAUCUAGUUCUAAAAAUAAUUUUGUGUCAAAUAACAAUAUGGAACUUUUUUCCAAUAAUGUCUCUGGUGAGAAAUCAUUAAUUGUAAGUGAUUCAAAUGAAUCAGACAGUAAUCUAUCAGAAUUAAAAAGUAAUGGCACAAACAACAUAAAAUCAGAUUCAACGAAAUCAAAAAGUGACAUUGAUGUCCAGGAUAAAGAUAUCUGCAAAGAUUAUAAAACGGAACUGAAAUCGUUAGUAAUAGAUAAAGAUAUAAUUACGAAUGAUAAUACAAAUAUUAAAAAAAUAAACGAAACCUUAAAAAAGGAAGUAGAAUCUACUGAUGAGACUGCAAUUGAUGCCAAACAGUGUACAACAUCUGAAAAUAAUAAGCUUAACGAAGACAUAGAGAAAAUUAAAGCAAUUAAAAAUUCUACAGAAAAGGAUAGAGUUACUGAAAGUUUGCAUGAAGUUGUUACUGAUAUUCAAUGGGCUAGUACUGUGGGCGCUAAAUUGCAUUCAUCCGAUAAUGGUGAAGUAGUUCAUGAAAAUAUAGAAACUGUUAUUUUUGCACCAACCAAUAUUCCCAAAAUAUGUGAAGAUGUUACUUUGCCUUUUGAAAAAGAAUCUAAUACAAUACCAGAUCAUUUUGGUAUAAAAAUAGCAAAGAACAUUGAAAUCUUAAAGGACGACAAUAAAAGCAAUACCUUGAGUCUGCGUGAUGACAAAAAUGAAGAUUCAAGCGAUUUUGUAUUGACUUAUAAUCUCGACAAUGAGUGUAAUUCUGAUAGUACCAAUGAUUUGGACUGUAUCACCUCGACUACUAGUGAAAAAAAUAGUUGUGAACUAAACAAAGAGAUAUUGGCUUUUGCAGAACCGCAAUCUAAUAAACUUCAUAAUAAGGUGAGUGAUAUAUAUCAAUCAAAACUUUGUAAUUCCAUAUGGGCUAAAAAUAAUAAAUCUGAAAAUAAUUGCAAAGAUAUUGUAGACGUCAUCAAAUCAAACGGUACGAAAGAUACUAAGGAUCAUUUCUCUAGGCAAGAAAAUAUUUUAAAGAAUGAAGAAUUUUUAAAAUAUGUAGAACAGAAACAGGAUAUAAUUAUGGAUGAAAAUCCAAACCUAACCUAUGAAGAAGUAACUGCUUACUUGUUAAAGACUUGGCAAUAUGAACAAAGUUUAAAAUCUGAUAAAAAGGUGUCAAAUGUUAUUGAAUUAGGUACCACAGAUAAUAAUGACCAUGAUCCUCUAGAAUCAAAAAAGAAAAGUAAGACAAGGGGAAGAAGAGAUGAAUAUUUACAAACUUCAAUUGACUUUAAAGAAUUACAAAAUAAACCAAAGACAGAUAAUGAAAAUUCUAAUUCACCUAAUGUACUGUCUGAUAAAAGGUAUCUUGAACAAUGUGAUAACAGUAUGAAGAGAGAAGUAAGUGUUAGUUUAUCACUCAAUAACGUUAAUAAUGGGGAUUUAUUACCACUUAAUGAUAUUAAAAUCGGAGUAAAUGAACAAUCCUAUAAAGAGCAGAAUAUUUUAAUAUCUAAUACAAGUUUUAACCAGAAAAAUGCCAAAAAAGAUGAGAUAAAAAAUUCGAAUGAGCUAGAAAUAGAAUCUUCAUAUAACAAAAGAACUGAAAUAAACACAGAUGAAACUCAAAUCCGGAAGCAAAUCACACCAAUAAGCUAUAAGGAUUUAACACUGGAGUCUGAGACCGAGAACAACUCUAAAAAGUGUAUCAAGCAAAACGUAAGUUCAGAAAACCACGCCAGCGGUGAAUAUUUUGACAAUAAAUGUAAGGAAAAUAAUUCUAAUGACGUACUUUUAUGGAAAGAUACGCCUAUUUCCGAAGAAGAAAACAUUGAAAUUUGCACAUCACCUGAGUAUAAAAAUAUGACAUCAGUUAAUGAUUUUUCUCAUUCUUCUGGCAUUGUAGGAAUGUUCAAUCAUGAUACUGAAAUAAGUUUGAUUGAAAGUGAGAAAAACUAUUCAGCACACUCUGGACUUAAGGAAUCUGCAAAGCAAAAUGAUAAUAAAGUCUCGAAAAAUCGUUUGUCACUGAGGCUCAAAAGAAAUGUAUUGAUGAGUGAUACUGAAAGUGAUUCUGCAAAAAGUCAAAUUGGCAACGUCAAUAAAAUGUUAACAAACGAGGACAAUGGUAUUUUAAAAGCAUGUGAAAAGAGUAGUACAACAAUGCCAAACAAUGAACCUGUACCAACUUACAGUUGCAAAAGAGAUUCCAGUCCAAAGUUACCAUCAUGUAAAGACUAUGCGGAAAUUAAGUCAGAUAAUACUUUAAAUAAAUCUAGACUGUCUAGCUCGCCACCCUUAGAAGGUGUAACGAGAAAAAAGCAAUCAAAAAUUGAUGAUUUUAUCAAAAGAACAAAGGAUUUAAAUUUAUCAUUUAAUUCCAGUAAUGAUAAUCAUUUAAAAACUGCUUGCAGUGAAAUUCCAACAACUCAGGAUUCUUGUAACAUCAAUAAUAUAAGUCGUGUAACCCCAAAUUUAGAAGACAAUGAUAUAACACUUUCUAAGCGCCAAUUGCGUAAGGAAACACAGCCUUCAAAGAGUACAGAUCUAGAAAAUCCGGAAUUUUUAGAAUACUUAGAGUUAAGACAAGAUCAGUUAAUGGAUGAACAUCCUGAACUUACGCUAGAAGAAAUUGCUACUUACCUUUACAACACCUGGUUCUUUGAAGAAAGCAUUAAGUCCGACAAUAAGAGAACUGAUGAUUUAGAACAAAGAUCCUUAGUCAAAGGCCUGAGUCAAGAUAUUGUAAGUGUAAAAAACGUUCGAAAAAAAGGUGGUGUUGAUAAAGAGAAAGAUUUUAUGCCUAAAAUGGAGGUUCCAAUUAAAGAAAAAUCUAAGAGACGGGCUGAAAGGCAGUUUUAUCGAGAAGACUUUUCUGAUCUCGAAGAUGACCUAGAUGUUUUUCAGGUUUUUAAUUCUACGUCACAAGAAAACACCAAAGAUGAAGAAGGUACUUCUAAAAUUAACGUAAAUACCAAUAAAGAAGGGUUGCCUCGGGAUUACGAAACCGCAUACGUCGUUAACGAUUCUACUAUGGCUGAAGAAGAUAUGGCAGAAAAUUUUGAUCAAGUGGAAGAAUAUUUUAGAAAAUUGACGGAGCCCAAGCCAAAUUUGUUUAAAGGGUUAAUCAGGGAAAAACUCUGUCAAGUAUGUGAAAGAACAGGAGAUCUUAUUAAAUGUAAAGGUUGCCACAACUUUUUUCACGCCAAUUGCAGUAGAAAAGGGGUGGAAAUAAAAGAAUCUCCGAAUCCAGUUAGAGGUAGAAAAAAGAAACGCAAAAAUAGAGGUCGGAAGCCGAGAUGCUUAGAUGACUCCUUUGAAGAUCAUAGUGACAAAUCACAAGAACACGACAUGUCAUUCGAACAUGAAACGGAGUCUCAUACAAUUGCAAAUGCUGACGAAUUUGAAGAAAAACUAUCAGAGAAAUUGAAAGAAAUUAUUGAAAACCCUGACUUAAAAUACGACACAAACUCCAGUGAAGAAGAGCUAGAUUGGAGUGAUACAGAGAUAGGAUCGUGCAAGAUUGUUGAUAUAAUACCAAAAAAGAAAAAGCAAGAAGCAAUAGAUUUCAAAUGUACUGACUGUGAAGAAAAUAGCAUACCGAUAUGUUUUGUAUGUAAGCGUGCGAUUUCGGCAAAAAAACAAAUUGCUCACAGGCAAAAGUGUCAGGUGCCGCAUUGUAACAAAUAUUACCAUAUCGAAUGUCUGGAACAUUGGCCACAGACGCAGUUAACUACUGGAGAGAAAAAAAGUAAAGAAUUCGUUGAAUCACUGCAGUGUCCGAGGCACGUGUGCCACACGUGUGUUUGUGAUGAUCCUAGAGGCUGCAAGACGAGGUUUAGUGGAGACAAGCUGGCGAGAUGUGUAAGAUGUCCAGCCACUUACCAUACAUUCACAAAAUGUCUACCGGCUGGUACGCAAAUACUUAGCGGUUCACACAUCAUCUGUCCAAGACAUUAUGAGCAUAGGCCGGGGAAAGUUCCUUGUCACGUCAAUACGGGUUGGUGCUUCAUCUGUGCGUUGGGGGGUACUUUGAUCUGCUGCGAGUACUGUCCCACGUCAUUCCAUGCCGAGUGUCUGAACAUAGAACCCCCGGAAGGUGGUUACAUGUGCGAGGACUGUGAGACGGGAUGUUUGCCGCUUUACGGGGAAAUGGUGUGGGUGAAAUUGGGACAUUACAGAUGGUGGCCGGGAUUAAUAUUACACCCGAGUGAGAUUCCUGAGAACAUAUUAGCCGUAAAGCACGCGCCGGGUGAAUUUGUGGUACGAUUUUUUGGGCAAUACGACCACUACUGGGUGAAUAGGGGCAGAGUGUUCCCAUUCCAGGAAGGUGAUACGGGCAGAGUCUCAAGUAGAAAUUCUAAAAUAGAUGCUGCAUUUUCUAUGGCAGUGGAACAUGCACACAGAGCUUAUAGCAUAUUGAAAAAUGAAUCUCCAAGUAAUGAAGGCGAUGACGAUAUAGCAUCGUCUCUUUUACCCCCUCACUUUGUGAAGCUCAAAGUUAAUAAGCCUUGUGGCUCUCUGAUUAAUAAGAAGAUUGACAUAGAAGAGAGUUCCCUUACCCAGUGCGAGUGUGACCCUAAUGUUGAAGACCCAUGUGGACUAUACUCACAUUGCCUUAAUAGAAUGUUACUCACGGAGUGCGGUCCUAUAUGUCGGGCGGGAGAACGGUGUUGUAACCGUGCCUUUGAAAAACGCCAGUACCCUCGAAUGGAGCCGUAUCGCACACCUGCAAGGGGAUGGGGACUACGAACACUUGAAGAUAUUAGAGCUGGCCAGUUCGUAAUAGAAUACGUGGGCGAGCUGAUAGAUGAAGCGGAGUUUCAGCGACGGAUGAAGUGGAAGCAUCAGGUUAGGGAUGAAAACUACUACUUCCUCACAUUGGAUAAGGAGAGGAUGAUUGACGCGGGGCCUAAGGGAAAUUUGGCCAGGUUUAUGAACCACUCGUGUGAUCCGAACUGCGAGACCCAAAAAUGGACUGUGCUGGGUGAUGUUAGAGUUGGUCUCUUCGCGCUAUGUGAUAUACCAGCGAAAAGUGAGCUGACAUUCAACUAUAACUUAGAAUGCGCGGGAAUCGAAAAGAAACGUUGCCUGUGUGGUGCUGGGCGGUGUUCAGGGUUCAUGGGAGCAAAGCCAAAGGAAGAGCCAAAGAAAAACAAAGUUAAACGGACGUACAAAAAACGCAAGCGGAUAGAACUAUCGCCCACAAACGAGCUGCCCAAACCAAAACGCCGACAACCGAAAAAUCGGGAACUCACAGAGAUCGAGAAGGAUCUACUCAUCAUCAAAAAUGCCACCAAUGGCAUAUCCAGUGAUUCCGAAAGCAGCGGAAGACACACCAGCGUCGAUAGUGUUAAACGAAAAAGAAGUGAAAACGGUUCCCCGAGCACUAAAAGGGUUAAAAUUGAUAAAAAAAAACUUGACAAACUUGACCAAACGUUGGUCACCCCGCAAAGUAAAAGGACAGAUGUAAAUCACAAAAGUUUUGACGUAGAUUGAUUGUGUUGUGUUUAAAGCGAAUGUCUUUGAAGUGACAUUUACGUGCACGUCAAAGUUCUACCCCCCUUUAUACUCUAUACCCUUUGUACAUAUGAUAGUCUAUGCGUUCUUGUCUCUUUCUGUCUGUUUAUGUUUACACCGUGAUGAAAAGAGACGGUUGCCUACUUUGAUUAGUUUUAAUUACAAUAAGGGAUUAAUCAUACAAAUUUGUAGAGCGUAGUCUUCUAAUGAUCAUUAUAGUCCAGUCUACGUACACCUGAGCGCGAUAAUGCCCGUUUCUGACAGCAGUUUUCCAUACGAUUUGUUAUUAGCGAUAUUCAAACGGUAUCUUCGUGCUUCCAUUUAGUACUAAAAUACUAAGUUUUUAAAUUAAUAAUUUGGCUAUUGCGUAUAAUUAAUUAAGUUCGUGUUAAGAGUAAAUUUAUCAGGAGAAUUAAGUGUCUUAAAUCGUUUUUGAUAAGCCUUAGGCUUUGUAGAGUUCGGUGAUUACCGCGUCAGCAAGGCUACUCUGUAAUUUUUGUAAUUCUAUAUGACUUCAUGUAGGCAUGAGAUGCACAUGAGUGGCGCCAAGUUAUGAGCUAAUGCCACAUAAUUCGAAAAUAUAAAAAAAACAGUGGCGCUACAACCUCUUUAGGUCUUGGCCUAAGAUUUUUGAAUCUGUUUCAUGAUCAUUUUUAAAUCUAAUAGGCA